CCCACCAGAUCCUCAUCUCUCUCUUAAUAUUCUCUUCCUGAAGCACAAGGCAUUUCAGUGUUAACCAAAAUCAGAAAAUGGGCAAUUGCUUAAGGCACAACCACCAAUAUUCCACCGUCGGCGGCGAUGACUCUCCAACAGCGGCAGCUGAGGGUGGUUGUUUUAUUGCAGGAUCAAGCUAUGGUGAGAAAACAAAUACAAGUUAUCAAGAGGUGAAGAUAAAGAUCACAAAGAAGCAAUUGGAGGCGUUAGUUGGGAAAGUGGAGGUGAAAGGGUUAAGGGUGGAGGAGAUGUUGGCUCAUUUGAUGGAACAUAGUGGUCAAUAUGACUCACUCCAUCGCCCUUGGAGGCCUGCUUUGCAGAGCAUUCCUGAGGUAUAACAUGUUUGGAUCAGUUUCAAUUUUCUCUGAAUCAAUUCUAGAAGCUGCUCACUAGUUUUUCUAGAAUUGAUUUUAGUUGUAGAAUCAGUAAUUGUAAAGAGAUUUUCAAACAUGUACUUAUUAGCUAGCUAGCUAGAAAGAAUCCAGAGUUAGAUUGCAAUCUUCUUGUACUUGUAUCCUGCAAGGGAAUUGAACAAGCAUAUGUAAAAAUUAUGGAGUGCCCUUUUGUGCAAAUGUACACAUAAUGCGGUGCUUUAUCAUUUCUUCUUUAA